UUGACGUCAGUUCCAUAAUAGAUUCACUUUAAUUUUUUCAAAGCUAUUGUCCCCUAGUAAGAAUUUUCCUCGCGAGCAAAUUUUUCUCCUUUUCGUUGAAUUGUCAGCUUGAUGUAUUUUUUGUACAAGAAUUACUAGCUUAGAAAUGUUUAGAAUUGGAGGUGAAUAAAGGUACAACUCCUGGCUCACUGAGUGUACUUUGACAGUACUGAGCUAGAUGAAUCUAACACCACUACAUGUUUCGCUAUAAGGUAUCACCGAUAUUGCAUUGCCUUAAUUGUGUCCAUUUUUUUUUUAUUGUGUUGUUAGAAUCCAACAACGACAUAACGGUAUAGUUUGGGAACCUAACCUCGACAGACGACUAAAAUAAGUGUAGAAUAGCGCUCAGUGUGCUACGAACUAACGAGCUGUCAUUAAUCGCUUUCUUUUUUGUCAGUUAUCGUACCACGCUACGAGAAACGAGAACCUUCAGCGAAAUAAUUCCGUACGACCAAUCAAAGUGGUUCAUUUAGUCACGUGGCGAACAGGUGCUUGAACAACGCAAAGCAAUUGAAUUAUAAUACAGACGUAUUGAUAUGAUUUUUUUUUUUGGUAGUCGCACAGAAUAUUAUUUUCUUCUCAGUUUUUUCUAGCUGUUCAAACUGUCCGCGACUCUAAAGUUUUUGUGAUUUUUGUGUUCUGUUUUUUACGACCACAGCUCUCUAAGGACCGGUCUUUAAAUGCCGAGCGAGGCCUGGAUUCUUAACCGCAGUACACGUGUGAGGAGCCAAUCGAAGUCUUCUCUACUAAUUUUAACCAACGACACUUCUUUUGGAAUUAUGUGUUUUGUCUGAACUUUGGCUCGUGUGCCGCCGUCGGGUUUUGGUGUCUAUGCGCGCGUGUAUCGAAUGAGCUCAAGACGCGUGAUUUAAACCAGUUGCCGUCACUGAAGUUUACAUUUUAUAGAAUAAGCGUGGUUUCCUAGGCUACCCAAUACAGAGCCACUUACUGAGUGAAAUCGUACAGCUCAAUACAGUUCUUGCCUAGUUGCCAGCCGGUAAAAGCUGAUCUUCUCUUACCUUACCAGUCCGCGAGGUCGAUAUCAUGGCAUGUACAUCGCCGGUAUCUAACCUUCCGUGCUGUUAAAUGUAAUAUUUUCAGCGACCUGUCUGGACAUGGGUGGAUUUCAACGAAGUACAUGCUUGACAACAAAUGCUAAAGGUGAAACCUCAACCGAUCUUCAAAAUAAAGACAAUCAACUUCAUGGCCGGCGGGUCGCGCUAAAAUCCCGCAUUGUCAUCGCUUGCAACUGAUAUUUUGCUUUCCGUGGUCUCACCAGAAAGGAUUAUCCGCUUUUACGAGACCGAGCUGACGAGUUAUGCAAGGCGAAGAAAAACUUAACGCUGAGGUUUCUCGCGAAGAUGACGCCGAAAAAAUACGUAGCAAUCCAAGUUUGGUGGUAGAGUGUAAACUUAACAGAGGCACAGAGCCUCGCUAUGGAAAUGAAAUUGGAAACAUCGAAGGAAAACAUAAUGUCUUUCAAGAUUUUAUGCCUGUUGCUUUCUUUUUUCUUCACCGCGAAAAGCGGCCUCGGAAGUGGUUCAUUCGCCUUAUUACAUGGCCUUACUUUGAGCGUUUAAGUAUUCUAGUAAUACUUGUAAACUGUGUCACAUUGGGACUUUACGAUCCGUUUGAUCCAGAGUGUAAAACACAAAGAUGUCAGACGCUGGACGCCAUGGAAAAAGUCAUCUACACGUUCUUCUUGGCGGAAAUGCUGUGCAAAUGGAUAGCCAUGGGUCUGUUUGGAAAGCUCGCUUAUUUUGCCGAGUCCUGGAAUCGCCUUGAUUGCUUCAUUGUGGCUGCGGGGACGUUUGAGCUGCUGUAUAACCAGGGGGAAUAUCUGAGUGCUGUUCGCGCUAUUCGUGUACUCAGGCCACUCCGCGCCAUAAACAGAGUUCCAAGUAUACGGAUUCUUGUGACAUUAUUGUUGGACACAUUGCCAAUGUUGUGGAAUGUCUUGGCUAUCUGUUUCUUCAUCUUUGCUAUCUUUGGUAUUGUCGCUGUUCAGUUAUGGCGAGGGGCGCUUAGAGGAAGAUGCUUCCUUGAACUACCGGCGAACGUCUCCCGAGAUAGUACCGCCGUCACGCAAAGAAUCGGAAAAGACUUGUCUGACUCUUUUUGGCCUGCCGUGGGCUUUAAAGCCUUCGACUAUAUUUCCUUAAUACUAUUCAAUUACUUUGAGCGUUUAAGUAUUCUAGUAAUACUUGUAAACUGUGUCACAUUGGGACUUUACGAUCCGUUUGAUCCAGAGUGUAAAACACAAAGAUGUCAGACGCUGGACGCCAUGGAAAAAGUCAUCUACACGUUCUUCUUGGCGGAAAUGCUGUGCAAAUGGAUAGCCAUGGGUCUGUUUGGAAAGCUCGCUUAUUUUGCCGAGUCCUGGAAUCGCCUUGAUUGCUUCAUUGUGGCUGCGGGGACGUUUGAGCUGCUGUAUAACCAGGGGGAAUAUCUGAGUGCUGUUCGCGCUAUUCGUGUACUCAGGCCACUCCGCGCCAUAAACAGAGUUCCAAGUAUACGGAUUCUUGUGACAUUAUUGUUGGACACAUUGCCAAUGUUGUGGAAUGUCUUGGCUAUCUGUUUCUUCAUCUUUGCUAUCUUUGGUAUUGUCGCUGUUCAGUUAUGGCGAGGGGCGCUUAGAGGAAGAUGCUUCCUUGAACUACCGGCGAACGUCUCCCGAGAUAGUUACAACUUGACAGACUUUUACGUUCCGUCUUUUGACGAACCUGACUUUAUAUGUGCCAUGAAGGGUAUUCCAGGCAUGCAAAGCUGCAACAGUGAGUCAAUACCGCCCCUGAAGGAUGAAAUAUCUGGACGAACGUGCACAUUAAGCUAUGAAGCAUAUCUAAACGAAACAAGGAGGUCAAAUAAUUCCAAUGCUUGCGUCAACUGGAAUCAAUAUUACAGUCAGUGCCGAAAAGAAGGCGAUAACCCAUCCUGGGGAGCCAUUGGGUUUGAUAACAUUUUUAUCGCCUGGGUAGCUAUAUUUCAGGUUAUUACACUUGAGGGCUGGACAGAUAUCAUGUAUUAUGUUCAAGACGCGCAUGGCUUGUGGAACUGGAUUUAUUUUGUCAUUCUUAUCGUAAUCGCUUCGUAUUUUAUGACCAAUUUGUGUCUAGUCGUCAUUACAACGCAGUUUCAAGAAACAAAACAGCGAGAAAAUGAACUCCUACGCGCGAGCCGCCGUCGAGAGGGCGCAAGCACGAGUACAAUAGCAAGCAGCCGGUAUGGAAAAGAUGGCUGCUGGGUGGAAAUACUUAAGUACAUUGAGCACUUAAUAAGGAGGUUUAAACGCAGAAUCCAUAGACGAUUUAACUGGAAAUACUGCGAUAGUGAAAGCAAAAGGAAGAAAACUUUAAGGCACAGAAAACGCCGAAGAAGGAAAAAAAAACUUGUUUAUCAUCAUCACCAUCAUCACCACCAUCAUCAUCAUUAUCACCAUCACGUGCAUUGCACAGAUCCCGGAUGUCAGUGCGGUAAAAUAGGUCAGCAGUUUUCCAACGUACAUCCAGGAAGUGAGCAGGUUACACCUAGCACAUCUUCGGUGGAUAUUCGACGCGUUCAAUCCAAACCGGUAAAACCGGCUGGUAAUACCCUAACUGUGCCUGGGCAAGUACCGAACAUCGAUAAACAGGAAAACAGCAACGAGGCAGGAGGAAUACCAACGAUUUCUAUUGUAACGGGAUCUUCUUGUUCCGUGAAGAAAGAACCGUCUUCCUCUGCGCCUGGUGGGGAAAUGAUCACCACAGCAACUGCAGCUGUGGCCAUCAAUGGGAAAUCUGCAGUGGCCGAUAUCUCAGCGCACACUUUCUUAUCAGCGGCUUCACUUUCUAGCGCAGCCGCAACGGCUACGGCUAGCGCCGCCGCGGCGUCAGCAAUACAUAAUGUUUGCACGUGUGCAGUGGAGCACGUGGAGGAAGACAUCAAGGUGGAUUAUGAAUCUGAGUGCGUUUAUGAGGAAGAUGCUGGCAGUGAGAGCGAAUACACUGAUGAUGAGGUCGAAGAAGGCGCCCAACGCAAGAAAACACCAUUUUCCCGUUUUCGUCACAUGUGCCGCAAUAGCGUGGAUAGUAAAUGGUUUAUGUACAUAAUCAUGGGUGCAAUAUUCCUUAAUACCUUGAGCAUGGGUAUUGAAUAUCAUGGACAGCCUUUAAAGAUGACGGAGGUGCUGGAAAUUCUGAAUUACAUCUUCACGGCUAUAUUUGGUUUUGAAAUGCUUCUCAAGCUGAUGGGCCUGGGUCCCUAUGGAUAUAUUAAGGAUCCUUUCAACUUGUUUGACGGCUUUAUCGUCGUAAUGAGCAUCGUGGAACUAUUUGGUGGAGGUGACAGCAGUAUCUCAGUGCUGCGGUCUUUUCGUUUACUGCGCAUAUUCAAGUUGGUCCGUUUUCUGCCGGCGCUCAGACGACAGCUGCUUGUAAUGAUCCACACGAUGGACAACGUGAUGACGUUUCUAGCUCUGUUGGUACUCUUUAUAUUCACGGCCAGUAUCCUGGGAAUGAACCUCUUUGGAGGCAAGUAUAUGUUCCCGGAUGAGGAUGGGGUCGAGACCGCAGCACGGGCCAAUUUUGAUGACCUGUUUUGGGCCCUGGUAACAGUUUUCCAGGUGUUGACCCAGGAGGACUGGAACACGGUCAUGUACGAUGGGAUGCGAGCUACAUCUAAAUGGGCUGCGCUGUACUUCAUACUGCUGAUGACUAUCGGGAAUUAUAUACUAUUUAACUUAUUGGUCGCCAUCUUGGUUGAAGGAUUUGCCAAUCAACCGGAAAAAAGUAGUAGCAGUUGGAGUGUGAAAUCACGAUCUUAUUCCAUAAAGCACGACGGAGACUACGAGACGUGCAAAGGCAUGGCCCCGUAUCCCAUGGUUACCCCACGGGUAUGCGUGAGUCCCACACCAUCCCAUGACGUCACGACAAGAGAUGAUUAUAAGGAAACCGCUGAGCCAGUGCACCAUAUGCGCUGCUCAUUCCCUUCUUUGUCACCUAAAUGUUCACUAUUUAGAGAUGAAUGUCACGCGUCGGCUCCAGCCUCCCCGGCCAGCACUUCGCCAAACGUCACUCGUAAGACCCUGUCAUUUGGUGACACAAAAACCAUGGUGAUCGCUAACCCCGCCCAGGCAGAAAGAUGUAUUACUUCUGAUGAUGAAAACGAGACUAGUGCCAAGGAGGAUGACGAGGCUGUCGUUAGGAUCCAGGACGGCUCGACCUGUUGUCACAAGCGAAGGAACUGGUCAUUGUUUCUUUUUUCGCCAUCCAAUAGGUUUCGCACAUGGAUGGUGACGGUGUACAGAAACAAGUGGUUUGACCGCGUGGUACUGGUUUUCAUUCUUUUGAACUGUAUUGUUAUGGCCCUUGAAAGACCGGAUCUACCCAGCGACAGCACGAUGAAGAAAGUGAUUACUAUUUGCAUGUAUAUCUUCCUGGCGAUCUUCACAUUAGAAAUGAUUAUCAAGGUGAUUGCUCUUGGUUUUUGGAUUGGACGUGAUACGUACAUGCGCAGUGCAUGGAAUGUUAUGGACGGCUUUCUGGUGAUCGUGUCUUGGGUUGACGUCAUCGUUUCCCUGACAACCGACACGCAAAGUUCCAUUUUGGGUGUGCUACGCGUGUUUCGAGCACUAAGAACACUUAGACCUCUAAGGGUCAUCAGUAGAGCGCCCGGUCUGAAGAUUGUCGUGGAGACAUUAAUAUCAUCAUUAAAACCAAUUGGAAACAUUGUGCUUAUAGCUGCGACAUUUUUCAUCAUCUUUGGCAUUCUUGGCGUACAGUUGUUUAAAGGAAAGUUCCACUAUUGCAAGGAAGCCGAAUAUCCAACUGUGAUAACAAAAGAAGACUGUCUACAUCGAGGAUACACUUGGGAAAACAAGGAAUACAACUUUGAUAACUUGGCGAAGGCGUUAUUGACAUUGUUCGUGUUCUCAACUAAAGACGGCUGGGUGACCAUAAUGUAUGAUGGGAUAGAUGCUGUCGGUAUCGACAAACAGCCAAUAAGAAACAACAACAAGUGGAACGUGCUGUUUUUUGUGGCAUUUUUGUUGUUGGCUGGUUUCGUGGUCCUCAACAUGUUGGUUGGUAUAGUUGUGGAAAAUUUCCAAAAGUGCCGUGACAUGAUAGAAAAAGAUCGCUUGGCAGAGAAACAAAAAAAAAAACUAAAAAACUGCGAUCAGCCAAUAAGAAACAACAACAAGUGGAACGUGCUGUUUUUUGUGGCAUUUUUGUUGUCGGCCGGUUUCGUGGUCCUCAACAUGUUGGUUGAAUCCAACAAGGAAGAGGGCGGAGAAUUCCCACAACCUCGGCGGUUUUUCCACCGGAUCUGUACCCACGGGUACUUUGACCUGGGAAUAUCGGCUGUCAUUGUUCUAAAUGUCAUCUGUAUGGCUAUGGAGCAUUACAAUCAACCCGAGGACAUGAGUGUGUUUCUAAAGUAUGCCAAUUACGUGUUCACGGCUAUCUUUAUUGUGGAAGGCGUUUUAAAGAUCUACGCUCUAAGAUUCAGGAAAUACAUCAAAGAAAGGUGGAAUCAGUUGGACUUGUUCAUCAUUUUGCUGUCAAUUGUCGGAAUUGUUUUGGAAGAGAUGAAUUCUGAGGUGCCAAUCAACCCGACUAUUAUUCGGGUCAUGCGAGUGCUAAGAAUCGCUCGAGCAUCUAUCCCAUCAUACAUUAUGGUCACCCAGCCGUCUUUAGUUGAGAACACGAACAAUGUCAACAACGCCUGUCAGAGAAAAGGAGGGUGA